UGUGUCAGUUCGCAGCUGACGUUUGCGGAGGUUUGUCGUUGUGUUUUGGGUAAGCGCGAGCUACGUCCGAAACCCGUCUGGCGGACGAUGUUUUUGUAAUUUCCGACGAAUCGUCCGUUUCCCUUAUCCGCGAAACGUUCUGCCCCGAAAAAUUGACUGACGCGCCGGGUCGGUGAAAUGAAACAGCCCCGUUUCGAUGGAUUUUAUCCCGCGUGUGCGUGUCUAGACUAGUGGGAAAGUGCAAUAUUGUAGGUAGAAAGUGGAUUUCCGUAUCUCGGAUCUAGUCAAUUUUCGCAACCGUUUUCCGAAACAGUUUCAGAAUCUGCUCUCGACGGCCGGAUCUUUCUGCAUGAACGUCGCCCGAUAUCCCAGACUCGAAGCAGAUCCCGCUCCCCGCUACGCCUAAUUUAUUCUUACGCAGACUGACGUCUCGCGUCGUGAAACUUUUCUCCGAUCUCAACCUCUUUCUCCUUCUCUCUCUCUCUAUCUAUCUGCUCCUCUCUCCCAUCUUUCUCUAGCAAAUUAUGGACACACGGUCCCGUUCCGUGGUGACCGUCCUGGUUUCCCCGCUACUGAUAGUGACGUUGGUGACGGUUUUGUCUCUCCGGGUGAUCUGCGCCACGCGAUCCGACCAGGACCGGAUUUAUUCCAACGAGUUCGCCGUUCACAUACCCGAAGGGGAGGGCGCUGCGAACGCUGUCGCCGACAAGCACGGCUUCGUUAACAGAGGACAGAUUGGAAGCUUAAAGGGUUAUUAUCUAUUCGAACACAAGAAGGUCCACAAGAGGUCCAUACAAGCCAAUGAUCAUCUGCACGAGUCAUUGAUAUCGGAACCACAGGUUCGUUGGGUGCAACAGCAACACGAGAAGAAACGCAAGAAACGUGAUUACAUCGCUGAUCCCUCUACAUCACCCUUCAGUAAUCUAUUUAGCGGUGUCGCGCCCGACGCCCGACCCCAUGGACAACCCCACUACCGUGCCGCAACCCCGGCGGUAUCGUUUCCCGAUCCCCUAUUCCGGGAGCAGUGGUACUUGAAUGGGGGUGCGAAAGAUGGAUUGGACAUGAACUUGGCGCCGGCCUGGCAAAAGGGGUACACCGGCAAGGGGGUGGUCGUGUCGAUUUUGGACGACGGCAUCCAAACCAACCACCCUGACCUCGCUCAGAAUUACGACCCGCUAGCCAGCACGGACAUCAACGGCGACGACGACGACCCCAUGCCCCAAGACAAUGGGGACAACAAACAUGGCACUAGAUGUGCGGGAGAAGUGGCAGCUGUAGCGUAUAACCAAUUUUGCGGCAUAGGAGUGGCCUAUAACGCUAGUAUCGGCGGUGUCAGGAUGUUAGACGGAGUCGUGAACGAUGCCGUGGAGGCUCGAGCGCUGGGUCUCAACCCCGAGCACAUAGACAUCUACAGCGCGUCGUGGGGCCCCGAAGACGAUGGCAAAACUGUGGACGGGCCGGGACCUCUGGCCCGAAGGGCUUUCAUUUAUGGGGUAACGAGCGGGAGAAAAGGAAAGGGUUCGAUAUUCGUGUGGGCCUCGGGCAAUGGAGGGCGCCACACGGAUUCUUGCAAUUGCGACGGCUACACCAACAGUAUUUUCACGCUCAGCAUCUCGAGCGCAACGCAAGGAGGUUACAAGCCGUGGUACUUGGAGGAAUGUUCGUCUACAUUGGCCAGUACAUAUAGUUCCGGAACGCCCGGUCACGACAAGAGCGUCGCCACCGUCGACAUGGACGCCAGACUUAGACCUGAUCACAUAUGCACGGUGGAGCAUACCGGAACAUCAGCCUCGGCACCCUUGGCGGCGGGUAUUUGCGCCCUCGCCCUCGAAGCGAACCCUACGCUGACCUGGCGCGACAUGCAGUAUCUAGUCGUAUUGACCUCAAGGUCCGCCCCGUUAGAGAAGGAGAGCGGCUGGGUGACGAACGGGGUCAGCAGAAAAGUGUCGCACAAGUUCGGUUACGGGCUUAUAGAUGCCGGCGCCCUGGUCAAUCUUGCUGAGAAAUGGACCACCGUUCCUCCUCAACAUAUCUGCAAGAGUCAAGAAAUCGUGGAAGACCGACAAAUUAGUCCAUCAUAUGGGAGCACUUUGGACUUUUACAUGACGGUCGACGCUUGUAGCAACUCCCUAAAUGAAGUCCGCUUUUUGGAACACGUCCAGUGUAAAAUUUCGCUCAGGUUCUUCCCCCGAGGCAACCUACGCAUUUUGCUCACAUCUCCGAUGGGCACGACGUCCACUUUGUUAUUCGAAAGACCGCGUGACGUGGUGAGCUCAAACUUCGAUGACUGGCCGUUCUUGUCGGUGCACUACUGGGGUGAGAAGGCGGAAGGUCGAUGGCACCUUCAAAUCAUCAAUUCGGGCAAUAGACACGUUAACCAACCCGGCCUCUUGAAAAAAUGGCAGCUUAUAUUUUACGGCACGUCCGUAAACCCGGUCAGACUUCGUCCGUCGAACGGAAUCCGAUCGACCCCCUGGAAAUCCCCCACCAACACGUUCACGUUUCCGUCUCAAGGUCAGGCCGUGACACCCGUCAACAAUAACUUCUUCGAUGCCGACGUGUUCAAAGGCUUCAAUGAUUUCCCCCACGUUUACUCGUUUUCCGGGUCAGAUCCCGAACAAGCGGUCAGCUCGUUGGACGGCAAAAACACCAGGGUAAGGGAGAACAGCAAUUCGAUCGACUUCGACGAGGAAACAAAAGAGGGUUGCGACGAACAGUGCGAUAAUCAGGGUUGUUUCGGCGGAGGACCCACCAAGUGCAUAGCGUGCAAGAAUAAACGAAUGGAUAAGAAUUGCGUGAGCGCCUGCCCGCCGAGAAGCUACAGUGAUUCUCAAGGGGUGUGUCAGCCGUGUCACGAGGCUUGCGAGACUUGCACCGGUCCGGAUCAGAAGAGUUGUUUGUCGUGUUCGCCGGGACACGUACACGUCAUCGACUUAGACAUCUGCCUCCAACAGUGCCCUGAAGGAUACUACGAGAAUUUUGCCGAUAGGACUUGCAUUCCUUGCCAGCCGAAUUGUGCCGGUUGCCAAGACCGUCCCGACCAUUGCACUAGCUGCGACCAUCACCUCUUGUUGUAUCAAAGCAAGUGUCUAGCUGCUUGUCCCAUAAAUACCCACGAAACGGAAGACUACAGGUGUGAGCCUUGCCACAAGUCCUGCGAAACAUGCUCUGGCGCGAACAGUUCCCAGUGCGUUUCUUGUCCCUUUGGCAGACUGUGGCACGAAGGACGUUGCGGCAAAGAUUGCCCCGCCCACCACUACGCCGACGUGCACCAAAGAGAAUGCGUCGAGUGUCCGCCAGGAUGCAGCGAAUGUAACGUCACCACCUGCACUUCCUGCCUGGACGACUGGAAGGUCAACAGUAAAGGAAGAUGUCAAACGCAGAACAGCGAUAAAUGCGACGUCGAUCAGUAUUACGACAGUGGACUGUGCAAACCCUGCCACUCGACUUGCGACUCGUGCGACGGACCCACAGAGAGGGCGUGUCUCUCCUGCGCUAGUCCCUUGAUCCUCCAAGGCACCAAGUGCGUCGCACAGUGCGACAAAGGUUUUUACCAGGCGAAAGACAGCCAGAUUUGCGAACCGUGCCUGCACACUUGCUCGAGAUGCGCCGCCAGAACAAACUGCACCCAGUGCAAGGAAGGGCUGCAGCUUCAAAGCGGCGAGUGUCAUUCAGCCUGCGCUACCGGAUACUACAGCGACAAAGGGUUGUGUCUCAAGUGUUACAUGAGCUGCAAGACUUGUAGCGGACCGGCUCAGGACCAGUGCGUCAGUUGUCCCAAAGCCUGGUUGUUAUUGCACGGCGAAUGCAGACCGGACUGUCCCGAAAACUACUACAAGACGGAAUACGGUUGUCAAAAGUGUCAUUACGCCUGCAGGAAUUGUCCAGAAUGCAAAAUAGUGGAGGACAAGCGGAAAAUUAACGUCGAGGCUUUGUUGCUGUCGGCGCAGCCGGUGUCCACUUUGCAACUCGUCAACCCUUUCAAUUUCAUCACCGGUCUGGCUAUUAUAGCGUGCCUCUGCGUCAUCAUAUUAUUCAUAGUGAUUUUUCUGGUGUUGCAGAGGAACAGCGUGCAGCCGCAGCAGAGGGGCUACAGUAGGGUGUCGAUCAAAAAGCCGAAGGUGACGUGCAAUUACAACGUGGUGUCGAUAAGCGAUGGGGAGACGAGUGAUUCGGACAGUUCGGAGGGUCACAAGUUGAUAAACCCCAAACCGGAAAGGACUGCCUGUUGAAAUUUUUACGACCACGUGGUGUAAAUAAGAAUUGUAUAAAAAAAAAUGACGGUGGGUCGCGCCGGUUAAACGCGCGCGCAAAUUUUUGGUUAACUCAAUUCAUUUUUUAAAGUUUUCGCGUUUAAUCGGCCCGCGAAGAGCGCCACAAGAGCGUUCUGCGCAUCGACCCGCCAUUCUCUCACUUAAUUUUAUUUCUGUUUGCGGCACUUGUAUCACAUUCGAAGAAUAAAAUAAACGGCACAAAUAAAAUCGAGUGAAUUGUGAGAGUCGCGCGAUGAGUCCGCGGUUAGCGUAGAUUUUAUUAAUGUCUCUUUUCUUUUAGUGGACAUUCCUUGUAGGGCAUCGAACGUGGAAGGUGCUUUCGCUUGAAGAAUGGGGCGGCAGGUGUAUUUUUUUUUACCACACUCGACUUAAAUGAAUGGACCAGUUUAACACUGACAAUUUCUUCAAGCACCAUUUUGAUAUCAAACACUGAAACAAAUUCACGAAGUUCUUCAUAAAUUUAUACACGAAAUUAUAGAACUUAUUCUAUUACGGCACCAAUGGUUGAAAUUAACAAAAAAGCAACGUUAUGUUACCAUACCACAAAACAUAAUUAUAAUCGAAGUCAUAAAACAAUAAAAAUGUUUUUACUUUACAAAAACUUUUGAAAUAAUUGCAAAAAUAGUAUACUCUUGACCCUGACAAAAUCUUAAAAUGACAAUAAGUUUAUCAUGUGCAAUUAUCUCAUCUCGAAAAUUUCUAUCUCGUUUUUUUUUACAAAAUUUCUGGAUUCUUUCUGCGUCGGUUAUUGUUGAAUCGAAUUUGUUAACGUUUCGCCAAUCAUCCCGUUUGCUUUUUCAAAGCUUUUAUAUUCUUUGAGGGGAGCCGGGUUUAAUGGGCGACCAUAAACACCGUCUCGGAUGAUUGGCGAAACGUUAGCAAGUUGGACGCAGCAGGAAUCCAGAAGUUUUGUAAAAAGUGUUACAGCAGCCUGUGGGAGUUUGAAAAAAAAAUUAUUAACAAAUUUUAACUCUCCUUCAUUUCUAUUUUCUAGCUAAAACCUGACCCACCAUUUCCUUUCUAUAUUAUAUAUAGACAGCAAUCAAUGAACAGCACCAAAGGGCAGCGCAGUUUUCUUCUUCUAAUUCUUGUAUAUUUUUUAUUAAUCUACUAUAAAUAAGCACUAUUCCAAAACAAGAAAAGUCUCCCAUAACCUCUAAAUACUGUGAGUUGGUUGCAUUGUUAAAUGACAUUUGCGAUGUCAAAAUAAGUUGACGAGUCUAGCUUCCAGUAUAAAGCAAGUUAGUCAAGAACUUCAGGAAGAAACUUAUACUUAAUGAAGUAAUCAUCAGUGUAAAACUAUUAUAAAGUAAACGUCAAUAUUAUGGUGUCUCUUUAUUUGACAGAACCUUGGUCAGUUGUCAAAAUAAUGUUUGGCUUUCCUUCAGCACCGCGUCAGUCAGUGAGCACCAUUAAUAUCACCAAAUUAUUUCUAACCUUAAAGUAUUUUUGUAAUUUUAAGGUUUUGUUGUCCGUUUUGGCAGUAACUUUUAUUAGCUCCAAGUUUUGUGAUCUCAGAUUCAUUUUCGAGAGGCCAAAUCAUUUACGUUAGUGGGUUUUAGGGGUUCUAUAGUUUACUAGGAAUAAUGUAAGGUACCAUUUAAAUUACUUUUCCAUUGCACCAAGAUUAAAUUAAAAGGAAAAACCUUUUUAUGGAAUAAAGCAAUGCCUACAUGGGAAAUAAUUUGAUAUUUUUAAGCCCAUCGCUCCGCAUGUUAUCCCAGAAAUCACCUCUUCUUCCUCUAUGGAGUGUCCAUGAAUUUGGCUUAAGCAAAUUUUGUGAUAUUAAUUGAAGAAAAUAUAUGUGUUACCAUAUACGUGAACAAAUAUAAAUUUUUAUCUAGCUCAAUCCAUAUUUAACGUAAAACCUAAUGCUUGUCUCCCCGUUACCCUACUAAAUAAACGUUUAUAUUUGUUUAUCUCCUGUCUAUAUUUAAAUAAAGUUUGUGACGGACUUUGUAUUCAGGGUGGUGCGUCAUUAUUUUAUUUAACCUCGAAAAAUCAGCAUGCCCGCCAUAGUGGAAUUUUUUGCUCUCCGGACGGCCCACUCUGUAUAUAUAUCCGUUAAACUGAAACUAGUUAGAAAUGACCGAUGUAAAUAAUGACGAGUCACAAAAUGUUGUACCAAAAACGAAAGGAAACAAAUAUAGUCACUGUCGAGGAGCAGGGUUUUUUCGAUACUGAUAGUCACAGAGAUCAAAAAAAAUGUUUGUAAAGAAAAAAAUAUAUAUAUAUAUAAUAUAUACGGUUAAAUAUGAUGAACUUAAGUGCUCUUGGUAUUUUGUGUUGUAAAAUAAAUUUUUAAAUGUAUACUUGUAUAUAAUCAAUAGCAAUUAAAAGUGAUCCAGAUUUGCAAACUUCUAUGUAAUAGUUAAUUAACGAACAAAGUUAUGGGCGAACAAUUUUUUUUGUCGAACGGGAUACGAAAUGGAUAUUUAAAUUGUCGUCGAAAUUAUAUAAUUUUUUCCUCAGCUUGACGAUUUGGUUUUCGUUUAGCACCGUCGUUGUCCAGUGUAAUAUUUUUAUAGGUUUUUAUUUAAAAUUUAUUCCUGUUUAUUAUAAUUUCUAUAAAAAAAUAAAUA